AUGUUUACUUUACCAAAUGAAAUACCAUUGGCUGUAUACUUUAUCACCUUAUUUACAGGACUGCCUCUCAACCUUAUUGCAGUUUACACUUUUUCUACAAAAGUCUGCAAAAAAUCAUCUCCAACAGAUAUAUUUCUCCUCUCUCUCACACUGUCUGACCUGGUCUUUCUGCUAUUCCUUCCAUUCAAGAUCCAUGAAGCGCUCAACAAUAUGAUAUGGGACCUUCCUCUUGCCUUGUGCGCUGUAACAGAGUUUGUCUUCUUCAGCAGCAUCUACAUCAGCACACUGUUCCUUACAGCAGUAAGUGUGGACAGAUACCUUGGAGUGGCCUUCCCCAUUAAAUAUAAACUCAAGCGGAAAAGUUCAUACGCUGUAUUAGCAAGCUUUUUUUUCUGGAUCAUUUCAACUGGCAACUGUAGUAUUGUAUAUUUUGUGCAAUACCUGGAGAAAUAUAGGAAUGUGAGUAUAAAAUCAACAGAGUGCUAUGAUAACUUCACAAAUGAACAGUUGAGCAUUCUCCUGCCAGUGCGCUUUGAAAUGAGUAUACUAUUGUUCUUUGUUCCACUUUUGGUCACAAUAUUCUGUUACAUACAGUUUAUCAGGAUCCUGCAAUCUCUACCACACAUUCAAAGGAACAAACAGCAAAGGGCCAUUGCAAUGGCAGCAACCACUGUCAUUGUUUACAUUAUCUGCUUUCUGCCAUACAACGUAUCACACAUAGUUGGAUACAUUCAAAAAGAAAGUCCAACUUGGAGAGUAGCAGCUCUGUUGCCGAGUGCAUUCAAUGCCAGUCUGGAUCCUAUUAUCUUUUACUUCUCAUCAUCAGCGGUGAAGAAAAACUGUAUCACUUUUCUCACUAGAGUUACAAAGAAGCUGGGUAUGAGCUGCAGCAGGCUGGUGCAAAAAUCAUAUGAGAAUAAUGAUUGCGAUAAACCCACCUCAACUCAAGAAGUGACCGUUGUUCACUAA